AUGUCCGAUAGACCCUCACACCGAGGCGGCCGCGGUGGCCAAGGAUCGCAUUCACGAGGUGGGCGCGGAGGCGGUCGUGGAGGAGGCGGCGCGGGAGGCGCCCAGCAGGAGCGCGAGAGACCCAAGAAGGAGAACAUUCUUGACUUGGGCAAGUACAUGGACAAGCAGAUCACCGUCAAGUUUAACGGCGGUCGUGAGGUCAAGGGCACAUUGAAGGGCUAUGAUGCUCUUAUGAACCUAGUACUAGAUGAUGUACACGAGGUUGUUCGAGACGACGAAGGCAACGACUCCACUCGAUCCCUUGGCCUCGUAGUUGUUCGAGGUACUCUCCUUGUUCUCGUCAGCCCUGUCGACGGCAGUGAAGAGAUUGCCAACCCUUUUGUGCAAGCCGAGGAUGAUUGA